AUGUGUUUCUUUCUGUUUUUUUUUUUUUUUUUUAGUUGUUUCCUUUUAUUUUUUAAUGUGGACUACUAAGGAAGAGAGAAAAUAAAAAUGAAAAAUCAUACCCAGGUAUCAGAAUUCAUCCUUUUGGGAUUGUCAGAUGACUCAGAGCUUCAAUUUCUCAUUUUCUUCUUCCUCUUACUGGCAUAUAUACUCAGCAUUGCUGGCAAUAUGACUAUCAUCAUUCUCACCCUGCUGGAUUCUCACCUUCAGACGCCAAUGUAUUUCUUCCUCCGGAAUUUCUCCUUCUUAGAAAUUUCAUUUACAACUGCCAGUGUUCCCAGAUUCUUGGGCACUAUUAUUACUGAGGACAAGACCAUUUCAUAUAAUGGCUGUAUGGCUCAGUACUUUUUCAUCAUUCUCUUUGGAGGAACUGAAUUUUAUCUUCUAGCAGCUAUGUCCUAUGAUCGCUAUGUUGCCAUCUGCAAACCCUUACAUUACACAACCAUCAUGAGCAAUAGAGUCUGCACAUUGCUUGUGGUUUGUUCAUGGUUGAGUGCAUGCAUGAUUGUCUUCUCAGAAAUUAUUUUUAUGCUUCAGCUGGACUAUUGUGAUGAUAUUAUUGAUCAUUUCAUCUGUGAUUAUUCUCCCCUCUUACAGCUAUCUUGCACAAACACACAAUUCUUAGAGACACUGGGAUUUUUCUGGGCUGUAGUGACUCUUAUAUUAACAUUGGUAUUAAUAAUAGUCUCUUAUACCUAUAUCAUCCAGACAAUUCUGCAGAUUCCCUCUGCCAGUCAGAGGAAAAAAGCCUUUUCUACUUGUUCUUCUCAUAUGAUUGUCAUCUCCAUUUCUUAUGGCAGCUGCAUCUUCAUGUACAUCAAACCCUCAGCAAAGGACAGAGUCUCUUUGAGCAAGGGAGUUGCUGUGCUCAAUACAUCAGUAGCCCCCAUGCUGAAUCCCUUCAUUUAUAGCCUAAGAAAUCAGCAAGUGAAACAAGCAUUCAAGGACAUGAUUCAGAAGAUUUCGUUUUCUUCAAAGGGAAAAGCUUAUUGA